AUGGGCCCGCCACCACGCUUUCUCGUCGCGGUAUUGAACAAGUUUACCUACUACCAGAAAGCAAAUCGCACUGGGAAUUUUAAAAAGUGCGACUAUCAUGAACACCGAGACGGCAAAGGGCGAUACAGCUGCCCCUUAGCACAACGAGGUGGAACUGGGCGUCUUCCACUGUUGAACCGAGAGGGAGCAAAGACUGAGCUCGGGCACUAG